AUGCUAUUCUCAAUCGAGACUCUUAAAGCGUACACUCAGUCAAAAGGUAUCCCAGACAUAGAAGAUGAAGACUUGAAAAUACUUGCACAGGAUUUAGAGUACAGACUUAAAGAAUUAGCACAGGAAGCAUCUAAGUUCAUGAUGGCAGCAAAACGGUCGAAACUGUCUAUUGAAGAUGUAAAUUAUGCCCUUCUGUCAAAGGAGAUAGAUCCAUUACUAGGGUACAACACGAGCAACUCUCUUGUAUUCAAAACCAUCCCAGGGUCAAAUUUAUACUACGUCCCAGACGAAGAAUUAGAUUUAGAGUCAAUUUUAAACUCUCCCCUGCCGAAGAUCCCUCAUAAACCGGUUAUAUCCAAGCACUGGCUGGCCAUUGAAGGAGUACAGCCACAAAUACCGCAGAAUCCACUUCCCAUGGAGAGAAUGCCAGAAAUUAAAAAGGAAGAUACGCUAGCAGCCAUGAAAGAGGACAUUGAAAUAAGAAACCAUAUGAAACACCUUUUAUCCAAGGAAUUACAGUUAUAUUAUGAGAAGAUUGUUCAGUUCAUUAAAGACAAGGAGACUGUUGCACUUGCAUCAGAAUGUCUUAAGAAUGAGAGUGGUAUUCAGCAGCUAAUCCCGUACUUUGUCCAUUUCUUUAAUGAGGAGAUAUUAAAGAAUCUAAGGAAUGGCGAUUAUUUAGUGGAUAUUAUAAGUGUAUAUGAGAGUUUAAUCAUGAAUAAGAUGAUAUUCAUUGAACCUUAUAUGCACCAGAUGCUUCCCUCUCUACUUACAUGUGUUGUUGGCAAGAGUAUAGGUAUCAUGCAUAAGCACCCAUCAGAAGAAGUAUUAGUGAAUGAUUCAGAUGAGGACACUCCAGGCCUAUCUGCCAGAAGAAGAGCAUCCAUCACUAUCAAGUAUAUAUAUGAUACGUACUCACUUUCAUACACUACACUUGCACCGCGUGUACUGAAUACUCUAUUAAAAACAUGGGCUGACAGCACCAAGUCACCCGAGUCCCACUACGGUGCAAUAUAUUGCUUAUGUAAUUUAGGAGAGAAGGUAAUAAAUGGAGUAGUCAUUCAGUUCAAGAAGGAGUAUUUAGAUAAAACAGACCAUAUUAAGUACUCCCUCCCUAUAAAUUUACUUAAUAAGUAUACUAAAUAAAUAUAA